AUGACUCUUAGUCGAUGGCGACACAUCAAAAGGGUAAUCAAGUACAACAACAACAACAAGAGCUUCACUUGUGGGCAUGCUUGCUACAAUCCUCCACACAAGUAUGACAUGGGAUAUCGAGUCAUUGUUGAUAACUGCAACAGCUUGACACUGCAUGCGGAGCUUGACCAAUGUUGUGACGAGAUGACAUGGAAGUUCAUGGGAUAUGGGGAGAGUGGCCUAGUCAAACGGAUUGUAGGUAAGAAGAAGAACUUUGUGUCGGACUGUCAAGAAGCGCUUGCUAAUGUUUGCUAA